AUGGAGAACCAACCACCCAAAAACACCAGCCGGAGGAAGAAUCCUCAGCUAAACAAGGCGAGAACCGGCAAGUCUUUGUCAAGACCCUCGACGAACCCGCCAGCGAAGAAGCCACCCUUCGUUCCUCAACUGGACGCGGUGGCGACUCCUUCAUCCCAGACCGUGAUUCCCAACCCAGUUGCAGUACGGCCAGAGCCAGCGCCGGUGGCGACUACAACCUCUGUCGUGCCGCCGGUGAUUUCUGUCGCACUGCCAACUACAACCGCCGUCGCCACCACAGAGUCGAUUGAUGAGCCCGAUGCAGAGCAAAUCAUGAUGGAGUUCUUACAGAAAUAUGGCCAAGGACCAAAGGCGAGCGAGUUCUAUGCCCGCUUGGCAGCGAGAAAGAGAGAUGAAGUUGACGAAGAGGAUGUUGCUGGUAAUGAAGCAGGAAAUGUAGAAUCUGGACAGGGUCAUGAGGAGGAUGUUGAUGGAGAAAUCCUAGCUAUUGUUGAGGGAGAAAUCCUUGUUGUUGUUGAAGGAGUAAUCCCUACUGAUGUUGAUGGAGAAAUCCCUGAGGAUACACGUACUGUUGAGAAUGAGGAAGAGAUUGUUGGUGAGGACGAUGGUGAGAAUGUUGAGAACGAGGAACUUGUUGAUGAGAGUGUAGAAACAGAGGAGGACAUCCCUGAGGCCAAGGAGACUCUAGAGAAAGAAGAGGAGGUAUCUGCUGAGGCCGUGGAGAGGCGCUUUGAUGCUGAGCGUAAGCGCAAGGGAAAGCAGGAGGCUAAGCCCUUGACGAAGAAGCACAGGCAGGCUUCCUCUACCAUGGUGAUCAAGGAACCCAUUCUAGAACCUAUCCGAGUGCCGUUUGCCAAGCCAUUAGAAGUGCCCAAGGAGGACAGUGAAGAAGAGUAA